AAAAAAAGAAGGGCAGAAAAAAGAAAAUCAUUAGAUAAUCACCCAACAGCUAGAGAGAGAAAGAGGAGAGAGAGGAGAGAGAGAGAGAGAGAAAGCGACAUUGUUGACGAGCUCGCAACCGCACGCGGAAUCGAAGAAGAAGAAGAAGAGGAAGAGGGAAGCAUCGGACGUGAUCGGAUUACGUUCCAUUUCUGGGAGACGAAGAUAAACCGUGCCGCCCGUCUUGUGGGCUUGCGAAAUCCCCACCUCCUCUUUUUCCUUUUUUUUUUUUAAUUUUAUUUUAUUAUCUCCUUCUUUCCCCUCCUCCGUCGGUUCCUGGUGGUUUCGGUUUCCGCCGCCUUCCCGUUGUUGUCAUUGUUGCUGUAGUAUCGUCGGCCGUUUUGUGUUGGAAAUGGCCCCUCCGUCCGUGGCGGUUCCGGUCCUCCUCGUGUGCAUCGGCCUGCUGUCGUCCCCCCUGGCGGCGCGUCUCGUGUCGCCGGAAUCGGCCACCGCUUGCCCGAGGGAGCCUCCUGCUUUCCUGAUCGGCUUGCGAUCGCAGUGCUCCGGCUCGAUCUCGCCUUCUCCGCCUCUCCAGGGGAAUGGGAACUUCCUUGAUAGAUUUCUGAUGUCCAAACAUCACAGUGGAUAUACUGCUGUACUUUUCUAUGCUUCAUGGUGCCCGUUUUCCCAGUCUAUACGGCCUAUAUACGAAGCCCUAAGCUCUAUGUUCCCUCAAAUAGAUCAUUUGGCAGUUGAGCAAUCCUUAGCUAUGCCAAGUGUAUUUUCAAGAUAUGGGAUCCAUAGUUUGCCAUCUAUAUUAUUGCUGAAUCAGACUUCAAGGUUGCAAUACCAUGGUCCAAAAACUCUCGACUUUCUUGUGGAAUUUUACGAGACAAACACAGGCCUUCAUCCUGUGCAGCACGUCAUGGUAGAGCAGCCAUCGCGUCUUCAGACUCGUGAAAAUUCCAGGACACAGUUCAAGGAUGUGCUGUCGAUGAAGAGUCUAAAAAGGGAACCAUAUCUGGCUCUCUCGCUGUUGUUUUCCUGUUUGAGACUACUCAUGGCCAUAUUCCCUAAAGUUGUCUCUUGUUUGAGAGCUUUCUGUGUCUCGUAUGUUCCUCAUCUAAACUUGGAAAUAUUUGGCGAGGCAACUCAGUUAUUGGGGCGUGUGGUUUAUGCUAUUGACGUGAGGAGGAUUUGGACAAAGGUGAGACUUUGUAAAGGCAGGAGCUUUCACGCAAGGGCAAAGAGUGCCCGGGUUUGGGCUUCUUCGCUGGCUUCUGUCUCGUUGGGCGAAUCCUCAUCAGCUAGAUCAUCAUCAUCUUAAAAGACUGAAUUCAUGCCUCCAUAUGCCCGAGGGUGGACGAGAAAUCUAACUAGAAUGCUACAAACUACUUAGAUGCUUCACGACAGGUCGUUUCACUCUCACUCUUUUGCUGUAAUAUUAGUAAGUGGGGUGGAGAUUUUACUGUUAGAAUACUCCAAAUAGCUGAAAGCUGUUUUCCUUGUUUUGCCCUUUAUUUUUUUUUUUUGGAGGAACCAACCGAGCAUUGUAUAUCUGAGAGCAGCUUUGACUUUUGUGCAUAUUUUAUUUUUUCGAAUCCUACGAUGUACUUGAAGUGCUGCAUA